CGUGAAUUAUAAUUCAAUACGACAUCGUUCACUCUUUCCUUUUCUCUAAAGACGAGGAUCAAGUAAAGAGUUGGGAUGCGAAUGGCUGCUUCAAAGUGUGCCAAGACGAAAAGUCAAAUUCACCCGUUAUUAAUAAUAAACGCGUGUAUCUUGCGCGUUCUUAUUGUGAUUAUAUUUGUGACUAUCAAAAAUAAAUUCAGUGAAACGGAACUAAGUGAGAAAAAAUUAAGUUUUAUUCCCACUGAGACAAAGAUUAUAAAUAAAGAGUGUCGUUCUGGCGGAGAAGAUAUACAAGUACACUUGUCGAAUGUCUGUAUGAGACUGAAGGACCUAAAAUAGCGAAUGCGCUUGCGUGACUUUCGAUCUCAUAGAAUAAACUUUUUUUAUUUUUUCAAUGGAAAAAAUAAUACGAUGAAUUUUCAGAUCUAUGAAUUUUAUAUAGAAAUAAGUUGAAGAAAUGUUUCUAAUCUAGAUAAGUAUCUAAAACACGCGAUGGCAUGAAGACUUAUUACGCAAAUUAUGAUAUUUGCAGUAAAAUUUACACUAGAAGAGAGAACGUUUACUCGAUCGAUGAAGAAAAAGGGGAUGAAUGUACUCCCAUCGGCUGCGUCACAAUUAUUCGCGUCGGAAGCCUCAUAAAGAUAUGAUCCAAAUAAAAGAUCGUUGUCAGUAUUUUAAUGUAAGAGAAUGCUAAAUAAUACGUUGUACCUAUUUUAUUAUAAACUAUUAAAUGGCAAAUUAUCAAUAUGCAGUUAUCUUACUGUAUUACAAUAAUCUGACAUCAUUUCUAACGUUAAGUUGUACUUCGGAACACCUAAUGAAGGUUUUUUCUUCCGCAUCUUUCUUUGGUGCCGUCAUGAUAAAAUAUAACUCGAUUUGUUUUAAUAUCGAAGGUAUGAAGGAUUUAUUGAUUCAGCUUCAACGCGUACACGAUAAAAUAAAAGAUAAAAAUGAAAUUGCUAUCAUAAAAAAAUAUCACUGUAUUGCGGAACGUUAUGUAACUGGACUGAUAGCAGUAGGAUUUUGCGGAACGUUUGCGAUGAUUAUAGUACAAUUUUGGAUGAAUAUGGUUGGUGUUGAUUUAUCGACAAACGCAUCUAAAAAAUACCAUUUUAUAUUUAUAACAGAGUAUUUCAUUGAUCAAGAAAAAUAUAUUGGUUUGAUUUAUUUACACGUCAACGUAGCUUUUUCUAUUAGUCUUAUUGCUACAGUAGCAGUUGGUACAAUAAUUAUUGCAUAUAUUCAGCACAUCUGUGGAAUGUUUAAAAUUGCUAGUUAUCGUAUCGAAUAUGUAAUAAAUAUCAACAUUCUACAGAAUGUCACUCAAAAACAUAAAAUCUGGAUGGCUGAUAACAUCGGUUACGCCGUAGACAUUCAUCGGCAAGCUAUGAAAUUGAUGAAACAAUUAAUGUCAAUAUUGGAGACAAUGAUGUUUUGUUUAAUAAUAUGUGGCGUAGCUGCCUUGAGCCUCAACUUGUUUCAAAUAGUAUUAUUCAGAAAUAAUGUUGAAAAUAUUAUAAUGCCAUUUGUAUUUGCGACAAUAUGUAUGUUAUACAUGUUUCUAGCCAAUCUUAUGGGACAAAAUAUAAUUGAUCACAAUCAUCAUGUACUCAAUACUGCAUGCAAAAAAUGAUAUUAUUCUUGUUGCAAAGAGGAACCAAGGAGUUUACUUUAAAUGUUGCUGGACUAUUUGAUGCAUCUAUGGAGUGUUUCGCUACGGUAAUAUAAUGUAUAAUAUUAUAACAAUAACGUUACACAUUAAUAUAAUAAAAGAUACUAUGUAUAAUUGCAGCUGGUGAAAGCUUCGGUGUCAUACUUUACUGUUAUAUAUUCAAUGCGAUGAUAAAACAAAUAUUAAUUUAUUACAUCGUGGAAUACUUAAAGAAAUGACGAGAUAUCCAUGUUUAUAUAAAAAAAUUUAUUUUUGCGCAAGUAUAGCAUAUAGUUAGUGUUAUAAAAGAUAUUAUAAAAAAAUGUACAAAACUAAUGUACAAAUCCAAAUCAAAAUGUUAAUACUUCAUGUUUCUAAUAAAUUAAAAAUAGUCAUUGUA